AUGUCCCACAAUCUAGAUAAGAUAGUCAAACUGGCUUGUAAGCCCAAGAAUGCACCGCCGAAAGCAAAGUAUAUCGAGGUGUUGGUAGCAGCGACAUACUCAGAUGACGGUUCUUUACAAGAUAUAAUCCGCUCAUUAUCACUCAGAUUAAGAGAGGCCAAUGCGGUGGUCGUGUUCAAAGCUUUAUUGACGAUACACCAAAUGAUGAGAUCAGGUUCGACAGAUCAAUUCUUGGGUGUAUUGUCAAGGCAGGAUGUACUGAAAUUGAGGAAUGUAUCGGGUCAAGGAUUUGAAGGUUUUCAACCUCCCGCAAGUCUCUCAGCGUACGCAGCGUACCUCGAUUCAAGAAUCAAAUGCUUUAGGGAUAUAAAACAUGAUGUGGUACAAAUGCAGACCGAAUCCAAUAGAAGGAGCGAAGGGUCGUCGGCUAAUUCCAAAGCAAGGAAAUUGAGACAUCUAUCAGUAGAGAAAGGUUUACUGAGAGAAGUGAAGUUUGUUCAGAAGAUCCUGGAUAGUCUGAUUCAAUGUCGAUUUUAUGACGAUGAUUUGAGAGAUGAAAAUACGGUAUUGGCCUUCAGGAUGUUGGUCAAGGAUCUCUUGGUUUUGUUCCAAGCGGGUAAUGAAGGAGUUUGCAACAUUCUUGAACAUUAUUUCGAGAUGUCCAAGGUGGAUGCCACAGAGUCUUUCGACAUAUACAAAUCGUUCAUCAAGCAAACGGAUAGAGUGGUCGACUAUCUAGGAGUAGCUAGGAAACUGAACCACGUCGUCAACGUACCUGUACCCAAUCUGAAACAUGCACCAACGGGAUUAGUCAAAGCUUUGGAAGAGUAUCUCAACGAUCCUAAUUUUGAGAACAACAGGCUGGAGUAUAAGAAGAGUUUGGGGGUGGUGGAAGGUAAAUCAGGUAGAGAUCCUUCUCCUGCAGCACCGGUAAAGGAAACCAGACCUGCUGCAUCAUCUUCCACAUCUGCCGCACCUGCACCAGUCCCAGCACCAUCUUCUCCUCCGCCCCCAGCUGCUCCUCCGGGAUCGUCUCAAAAGAUACAAGAUUUCUUCGAUUCUAUACAGGCCGAUCAACAGCCUACUAUGUUUGGUGGACCUGCACAACAGAUGAACUACAAUCAAAUGACCAUGCACCAAAACCAACAAUUCAACCCAUUCCGUCAAUCGAUGAUGAUGCCUCAACAAACUGGCUUCAUGCCACCUCAAAUGACGGGCUUCCCAGGUCAACAACCUCAGCAACAAGGCUUCCUACAACCUCAACAGACUGGUAUGAUGGCUUUCGGCGGCGGUCCUCCGAACCAACAAAUACAACCUCAACAGACAGGGAUGAUGGCAUUUGGUGGAGGUGGUGGACAGAGACAAUCGAUGUUUCCUCAGCAACAACAACAAGGACCGUUCAUGCAACCUCAACAAACUGAAUUCAUGCAAGCUCAACAAACGAACUUUGUUCAACCUCAACCGACAGGUGUUGGAGCUGGGUUCCUACAACCUCAAGCUACAGGUUCCAACCCGUUCCGACAAAGUAUGAUGCUGAACACUUCCACAUUGAACGGUGGAGGGGCAAUGUCUCAACCGUCUCCACCAUUCGGCAAUCAUCCUACUAAUCCUGGUGGAGUCGGUGUCAAUGGAUUUGGUCAGAUUCAAAGACCUGGUUCUACACCUGCACUCAGCACCAGUACUGCGAUAAACACCGAGCCUAAACCUUUGACUGCUCAGGUGACUGGAUCGAAGAACCCUUUCGCACCUGCCGGAGGUGUACCUCCACCUGUACCGCAAAUGCCAAAAGGUCCAACGAUGAAUGAGUUGUUGAUGGGUAGUAUGAACAAACAUCCUACCGGUAACGUCAAUGGUAAUCCACCUUGGGGUCAAGUUCAACCUCAACCUCAACAACAACAACAGCAAAACGGUACAUCUGGCAUGUCAGACAUAGCUUCUGCAUUUACUUUUGACGCAUCCAAAUCCAACAAUAACGGAAACGAUUUCCUAUCUCAAUUCGGUUCAGGUUCAACCAAUGGUCCUUCAUCGCCUUCCUCAACGACCAAUGGAAUAUCGCAAUUCGGUAGCAUCUCGUCUCAACCUACUGGUUUGACAUCAUUGUCGUCACAGCCAACCGGUACGGGAAGUGGAGGGUUCUUACAACCUCAACAAACGGGAUAUGGAGGAAGUACGAUCAAACCGUUCAAACCUACCAGUUCGUUCGGCUCACAAUUAUUAGAAAGUUUACCUCCCAUACAGGAACCUGGAUCUAAUUCCAACACUGCGUCUACACCGAAUAAAUCGUCUAUUGGAUUACCCAGUCAGUCUACAGGUUUUGGACAGGGACUGAGUCCACAGAUGACUGGAACACCUAACCCAUUUAGACAAUCGAUGUUUGGUAGUUUAGGUCCCAACUCCCCGUCUGGUGGUAUAGGAGGGAUGAACAGUCAGAAUGCUGGAUUUGGUACGAUUGGAGCAGGAGGGCCGUUUGGGUCGGGAAGUCCGUUCGCAGGUCAGAAUAAACAGAGCCAGGGUCUACCUCAGGGACAACAACAGCAGCAACAGCAGAAUCAGAAUCAGAAUCAGACGAAUCAAUUCGGAAUGUUUGGUACGGGUGGGAAUGUUGGUGGUGGUGGGUCUUUGAUAUAA